UUUUUUGGUUACAACGGUUUUUGUCCGCAGUUCAUCUUGUAGCGGCCACGGGGGCCCCUCAAUCUCUCACUCGCGUGAGCAUGGCGGCGGCGGCGCAGCAGCCGCGGGGCGUGGCGCGGCGGUGAGGGUCUGAGGGAGAAGCUGCUGCUCACGGAGGAGGAGCGGAAAUCCCGGCUGGUGUCUUCUCGAUUUCCUCCCCCGCCUCCGCCUCGGCGCACCGGUCGGCGACGCCGGUGGGCAAGGACCGCGAGAUGACAUGAUCAUGCUGUUUUCGGGGGAUCAUACAUGUUUGUGCAACCACUGAACGCUCGCAAGAUGAUGGUGUACAUGAAGUCAAGAAGGACAGUAAGCAAGUAUUGAGGGGAGUGAAGUAGAAUCCUUCAGAUCUUCAACAAAGACAGCUUCCAGCCCAGCCAUGAGGGUUACUUCUAUCAUGCAGUUUAUCUUGGGGCUCAUGGUUUGCAAUGGACAUGCUGUCAUUUGUGACUCCUUAUAUGGAAAUGAGACAGACCGGUUGUCACUGCUUGAAUUUAAGAAUGCGAUCAGCCUCGAUCCAAAGCAAUCCUUGAUGUCUUGGAAUGAUAGCAUCCACUUUUGCAAUUGGGAAGGUGUUCAUUGCAGGAUAAAGAAUCCACUCCGUGUCAUUUCUCUUGACCUUGCAAAUCGAGGUUUAGUAGGGCAAAUCUCUCCUUCACUUGGAAAUCUAACACUCCUAAAACAUCUAUUCCUAUCGACAAAUAGGUUUACUGGGACAAUUCCUCCAGCCCUUGGUCACUUGCAUCGCCUCCAAAACCUAUACUUGAGCAAUAACACACUACAAGGAACGAUACCUAGUCUUGCAAACUGUUCCAACCUCAAGGCCCUAUGGCUGGAUAGAAAUCAACUAGUUGGGCAAAUUCCUACAGAUUUGCCUCCUUUCCUGGAAAAGCUGCAACUUUCAGUAAACAAUCUUACUGGAACCAUCCCUGCUUCUCUUGCCAAUAUCACAUCGCUAAACCAGUUUAACUUUGCUCUUAAUAGUAUCGAGGGCAACAUCCCAAAUGAGCUUAGAAAGUUACCUGCGCUUCAUAUUUUGAAUGCGGGUGGUAACCAGUUGACAGGCACGUUUCCACAAGCCAUCUUGAACCUUUCUACUCUCGUUAGCCUUAACCUUGGUCAGAAUCGUUUAAGUGGUGAGGUACCGUCAAAUCUUGGUAACUCUCUACCCAAUCUCCAGGCAUUCGCUUUAGCCAACAACUUCUUUCACGGGGAAAUCCCAUCUUCACUGAUAAACGCAUCUGAGCUAAGCAAAUUUGAUAUAUCAAGUAAUAAUUUCACGGGAUUGAUUCUUAGAUCCAUUGGCAGACUUUCCAAACUCACGUGGUUAAAUCUUGAGUUCAAUAAACUCCAAGCACGCUCCAAGGAAGACUGGGAGUUUAUGAGUAGCUUAGCCAAUUGUACCAAGCUAAAUGCCUUCUCAGUAGAGGGGAAUCAUCUAGAAGGCGAGGUACCAACUUCAUUAUCUAACCUUUCCAUUCAGCUUCAAAAUCUAUAUUUAGGACGAAAUCAAUUGACAGGGGGUUUCCCUUCUGGCAUAGCAAACCUUCCCAACUUGAUUGUUCUAGGAAUGAAUUCUAAUCGAUUUACAGGUAACAUUCCACAAUGGCUAGGAACUCUUAAAAGUUUGCAAAUACUAGGCUUAGCUAGCAACACAUUUACCGGGUUUAUUCCAUCCUCCCUUUCCAAUUUAUCUCAGUUGACAUAUCUUCUUCUAGACUCGAACCAAUUUGUUGGCAGUAUACCACCAAGCUUCAGAAACCUUCAAGGCCUUUCAAUAUUGAACAUUUCCAACAACAAUCUGAGUGGUAGGGUACCAAAGGAGAUCUUUAGCAUUCCGACACUAAUGCAAAUUUAUUUAUCUUUUAACAACAUCGAUGGAGAACUUCCUACCGACAUCGCCAAUGCCAAACAACUCACAAAUCUAGAACUGUCAUCAAAUAGGCUAUCUGGAGUUGUUCCUAGCACUUUGGGCAAUUGUGCAAGUUUGCAAGAUAUCAAGUUGGACUGGAAUAAUUUCAGUGGAAGCAUCCCCAUUUCAAUAAGCAAAAUAAGCAGCCUACAAAUUCUCAGUGUUUCCCACAAUAACAUAACUGGGUCAAUUCCAGUGUCCCUUGGCAACCUACAAUAUCUUGAGCAGCUAGAUUUGUCAUUCAACCAUCUUGAGGGGGAGGUCCCAACAAAAGGAAUCUUCAUGAAUGUAACUGCAGUCCAGAUUGAUGGAAAUCAGGGUCUUUGUGGUGGGACUCUGGAGUUACAUUUAAUGGCAUGUUCUGCUACGCCUUCGAAUUCAACAAAGCACAAGCUGUUCUUGGUACUCAAAGUGGUAAUCCCAGUAGCUUGCAUGGUGUCACUUGUUAUGAUCAUACUUGUGUUAUUGUUUUGGAGAAGGAAACAUAAGAGAGAAACUAUGUCUUUGCCAUCAUUUGGUGGAUCAUUUGGUAGACAAUUUCCCAAAGUUUCUUUCAUUGAUCUAGAUAGAGCAACAGAGGGGUUCUCAACGUCCAACAUAAUUGGCAGAGGGAUACACGGUUCUGUGUAUCAAGGGAAACUAUUUGAAGAUGGAAAUGAUGUUGCCAUAAAAGUCUUCAACCUGGAGACAAGGGGAGCACAAAAGAGCUUCAUUGCAGAAUGUAAUGCCUUAAGCAAUGUGCGGCACCGUAAUCUACUCCCUAUACUAACCGCAUGCUCGAGCAUUGAUUCUAAUGGGAAUGAUUUCAAAGCUCUAGUCUAUGAGUUCAUGCCUCGAGGAGACUUACAUAGACUACUAUACUCAACUCAAGACUAUGAAGGCUCUGCAGAUUUGAUACAUAUUACACUGGCUCAAAGGCUAAGCAUUGUUGUGGAUGUGGCAGAUGCAUUGGAGUACCUACACCAUAACAACCAAGGAACUAUUGUUCAUUGUGAUAUGAAGCCUAGCAACAUUCUUUUGGAUGACAACAUGACAGCUCAUGUUGGAGACUUCGGUCUUGCAAGGUUCAAAGUUGAUUCCGGGGUAUCAUCUUCUGAUGAUCCAUACUCAACUUCUUUGAUUGCAAUAAAGGGAACGAUUGGAUAUGUUGCUCCAGAGUGUGCAACAGGCGGCCAUGUUUCAACUGCUAGCGAUGUCUAUAGCUUUGGAAUUGUCCUCCUCGAAAUAUUCUUACGGAAGAGGCCAACCGACGAUAUGUUCAAAGAUGGACUAGACAUUGCAAAAUUUGUCGAAAUGAAUUUUCCUGAAAGCAUGUCGCAAAUUGUUGAACCUGAAUUACUCCAAGAUCAACCUGAGUUUACUAAAGGAAGUCCAGUGGUCACAAAGGAAAAUGACCUGGGCUCUUUAAUUUCAGUGCUAAGAAUUGGGCUUUGCUGCACCAAGCUGUCACCAAAUGAGCGCCCCAACAUGCAGGAAGUGGCUUCAAAGCUGCAUGGAAUUAAGGAGGCUUAUCUCAGAGGGUACUAAGAUUGCUGGCUGUCAUGCUCUCAAAACGAAAGCUGGCAGCAUAUCACAACCUCUUACGGAUUAUUGGAAGCCGAUACUGCAAUCUUCUUGGAGUAUGCAUUGGGCAAUGUGCUCUGCUUGUGCUGUUCCUCAAGAUAGAGCUUCUUCCUUGAUGAUGGCCAUGCAUGCUGUUUAGGUGAUGGCUCUGUUUAGUUUGGGAUAACCUCUUGGAGUCUUGGUGAACUUCUUUUUGAAGGAACCAGCCAUCCUUUAUAAGCUUGAAUCAAGGUUACAUCCAUGGCUUGCUGCUAUUACGAUGAUGCCUUUGUUUGACUCUUAUUGAUGUCUCCUUGAUUUCCUUUUAGAUUAAGUCUGUUGUACGAACAGUUAACUGUAAACUGAAGUUUUUUGAAAGAUCUCCUUGGCUUAUACAUUCCCUGGAUACUCCAGUUUGGAGUUGACUUGUAAAUGUCUGAUGCUGGAAAACCAAAAAUGCUGAUUUUUGCUGCA